AUGUCGGAGGGCCAAAUAUUAGGGGAUUCAAAUGGACCAGAGAUAUCCCAGACCGCGGGCCCCCAAACAGACCCAGAAGGAAGCGGAAGCGACGGACAGCAACGGAGACAAACACGGAGGAAGAGUCUAUGGAGGGUAUCACGACGCCGAAACCAAAAGCAGGAAGAGGAAAAACAAACAAACGCGGAUGACUUGCUGGAUCACGCUUGUAUAUACCUUCUAUGGCUCAAGUCAGGGGCCCUCACUAGCCCGGAUAACUGUGAGGGUAUGCCAUACAAGGACCAGCGCCGCCCGCUGACUCCAUAUUCUUCCCACAACCCUGUGCCUGAUACAGUGAUAGGUACAAUAUCUCGAAAAUCCGGCACCAACAUAGCAGCUAAUAAUAAAUACUCGGUUGGAUCCUCAAUCAUAUCAUCCGACCAUGACACCAAAAACAGAAAUCUCUAUGGAUAUGGCAAACCGCGAGAAGCUAGGAUAGCAACUAAUAAAUUCUCGCCUCCUCUCGACCUGAGCCGCCACUUCUCCGUUGCUUCUAACAUCCUUGUGGGAAGUGAUGUGAAGAAGUUUUACAAGUACUUUGCCAUUCACAAGUUAGUUGGAGAUAAUACCAAACAAAGGGCCUUCCCCAUGCCUCCUAUUUCCCAUAUGUUGCCCUCGAGGCCACAGUCGCUUCGAUGUCGACCGGGAUGGGGGGAAUUCCUCACAAACCCCUACCUUGUCAGCCAGGCUUACCAUCCGAAGGAAAGCACCAGCACCACCCCGGAAAAGAGAAUCGAUAUAACCACCGCCCUCCAAUACGGCAUUGUGGCAGGCUACCCACCCCUCCUCUCCUUCAUCCGCCAAUUUAAGAGCGAUUGGAUUAGAGAGAGCGACUGUAUGUUGUGCGAGGAAUUUGUGUAUAUGAAUGCCAUACAGACAGUGACGCCGAGGGGUGUUAACGUCGUAACUGUUGCUAUGGAUUCGGAUGGAAUGAUGGUGCGGGAUCAGGAUGAAGGGAAGGAGGCUUGCGGAUAUUCUCAAGAAUUGGGAUUUAAGUCAGGGAAAGAGACCGCAUUUGAUGUAUACGGUGACGUGAGUUUUUCCAGCCAGCGAACGGGCGUAUUCACCAAAGAACCCAACCGGCGCCGUCCUCCCCGUCCCAUGACGACAAGAGAUCUACGCCAUCUGCGAAAAAUACGGCGUCAUCGUCGUCAUCGAAGACGACCCACACUGACUCUCCAAUAUCCCUCCGCGGCAGAUGCAUUAGAAGAUCACUUCCGCAGCGUCACAAAUGACACGACAAAUAUUAACGGACACAACUACAUCGCCCAUGGUACUUCAUACGGCUACCUCUUCCUAGACUCCCUCGUCCCUACCUACCUCUCCAGAGGUACAGACGGCCACGUAGUCCGACUGAACAUCUUCCCCAAAUCCAUCGCCCCGGGCUGCCGCCUGGCCUGGCUCACGGCGCAACCCGAGCUUAUGGAGUGCAUUGGCUUGAUAGCGGAGAUGAGCACCUAG